AUGAAUAGGAGAGCAGAACAAGGAACUGCAAAGUCACUACAACUUAAUAGGCUAAUAGGUGGCGACUUUGAACUUUGUAAAAACCCUUCAUUUAUUGAUCGGAGGCUUUCUUUAUUUAAAGUAUUAUAUGCUAAACAAGACAAGGAGAUCCAAGAGAUAGCAGCUAGGAAUGAUCCUAUCUCUAUAACUCUUGCUGAUGGAAGUAUUAGGUCUGGUAUAAGAUUUCUAACUUCACCAAUGGAUAUUGCUAAAACUAUAUCUAAAAGACUUGUAGAAGAAUGUAUAGUGGCAAAUAUAAGAUAUAUAACACCAAUAGAGUCAAAUAUAUCUGUAAUUGAGACUGAUUUUGAAGAAUGUUUAACUUCAAACUAUGAUAAAGAUAUACAAGGUUGGAAACUUUGGGAUAUGACGAGACCAUUAGAAACUGAUUGUGAACUAAAACUACUUAAAUUUGAUACCCUUGAAGCAAAAAGUGUAUUUUGGCACUCUUCUGCUCACAUCUUAGGUCAAUGUAUGGAGAAUGAAUUUGGAAGUUUAUUAACAAUUGGCCCAGCACUAUCCCCUGGUUUUUACUAUGAUUCAUAUAUGGGUAAUAAUAGUGUAUCAAAAGAUGACUACCCAAUUAUUGAACAAUGUGCUAAGAAAGUUAUAUCAGAGAAACAGUCCUUUGAAAGACUAGUUUGUUCAAAAGAAGAAGCAUUAGAACUUUUCCAAGAUAAUCCUUUCAAGCUCUCUCUAAUAUCAUCUAAAGUUCCUGAGAAUGGAAAGACUACUGUUUACAGAUGUGGCAAUUUUAUUGACCUUUGUAUGGGACCUCAUGUGCCACAUACUGGAAUAAUAAAGGCCUUUAAGAUUACAAAGAAUUCUGCAUGUAAUUGGUUGGGAUGCACGGAAAAUGACAGUUUGCAACGCGUUUAUGGUAUAUCAUAUCCUGAUAAAAAAAGUUUAGACGAUUAUAUUGAAUUUUUAGAAGAGGUUAAAAAACGUGAUCAUAGAGUUAUCGGCUCAAAUCUAAAUCUAUUUUUUUUUGAUACAAAUGCCUCAGUAGGAUCAUGUUUUUGGCUUCCACCGGGAGCGAGAAUAUAUAAUAAAAUGAUUGAAUUUAUCCGAUCAGAAUAUCGUAUACGUGGUUUUGAAGAAGUAGUUACACCGAAUAUUUUCAGUUGUGAUUUAUGGAAAACAUCGGGUCAUUACUUUGCAUACAAGGAAAAUAUGUUUCUCUUUGAAGUAGAAAAAAAGGAAUGGGGUCUUAAACCUAUGAAUUGCCCUGGUCACUGUAUUAUUUUUCGUCAUAUGAACCCAUCGUACAAACAGCUACCAAUUAGAAUGGCAGAUUUUGGUGUGCUUCAUCGCAAUGAAUUAUCUGGAGCCCUAAAUGGGUUAACUAGAGUUCGGAGAUUUCAACAGGAUGAUGCUCAUAUUUUCUGUACAGCUGAACAAAUCCAAUCUGAGGUAUUUGCUGCACUCGAGUUUUUGUUUUUUGUCUAUGAUAAAUUGGGAUUUUCAUUCAACCUAUAUCUUGGUACAAUGCCAAAAGAACACUUAGGAACUCGUGAGAAAUGGGAAGAUGCUGAAAACUCACUAAAACUUGCAUUGAAUAGAACGGGUUACCAAUGGAAAGUGAACGAAGGAGAUGGUGCUUUUUAUGGUCCGAAAAUUGAUAUUAUGCUCUGGGAUGCACUUAAACGUCCUCACCAAUGUGGUACUAUUCAAUUAGAUUUUCAGCUACCAAUUAGGUUCAAUCUUCAGUAUAGAUCUGAUGAUAAUAUUCUUACUGAAGGAGGUGAUCAUAACUUGGAUGAGGAACUCAAACCAGGAUACAAGAGGCCAGUUAUUAUUCACAGAGCCAUUCUAGGUAGUAUAGAGAGAAUGGUAGCUGUUAUCUUAGAAAAUACAGGUGGGAAAUUACCAUUUUGGCUAUCACCAAGACAAGCAAUAGUACUUCCUAUAUCUGAGAAGAGCCAUGACUAUGCCAAAUCAAUUGAAAGUGAACUAUGCUGCAUGGGCUAUGAUGUAGGUGCAGAUUACAGCAGCUCAACAAUUAAUAGAAAAAUUCGUGAGGCUCAGUUAUUACAGUGGAACUUUAUGCUUAUAGUAGGUGAAAAUGAGGCGAAAAGUGGAUCUAUCACUGUUAGAUCUCGUGACUCUUCAACUUCCCAACGCAAUAUGAUCCUUAGUGACUUGAUUGCAGAAUUUAAAUUAUUAGGACCUCCGAGGUCAGAUAAAAUCUAA